AUGUCAGAGUCAAAGCCAACCCUACGAUGGGGCAUCAUUGGAACUGGUAUGAUCUCAUCCUGGUUCAUUGCAGAUCUCACCAUCGACCGUAAAGACGCCAAAGCAACACACAUCAUCCAAGCCAUUGGUUCCUCUUCUGUUGAAAAGGGCAAAAAGUUUGUCCAAGAACAUCUUCCAAACACGUCUCAACCUCCGACUAUCUACGGGAGUUACCAAGAAACCUACCAAGACCCCAGUGUUGAUAUAAUCUAUAUCGGAACACCUCAUGGCUUCCACAAGAAGAACUGUCUCGAUGCUAUCGCGCACGGAAAGAAUAUUUUGUGCGAGAAAGCAUUCACCUUGAAUGCUAAAGAAGCGAGAGAGGUAUUCGAGGCGGCAAAGGCAAAGGGUGUUUUCAUUAUGGAAGCUAUGUGGACACGUUUCUUCCCUCUUGUCAAGACUAUCCAGGAAUUCGUUCACAAGGACAAAGUCAUUGGGGAUGUGGUUCGCCUCUUUGCCGAUUUUGCCAUGGACCAACGCAUUGAGUCUCUAGCUCCUGAGCAUCGUUUGCGAGAUCUUUCACUGGGUGCGGGUUCGCUACUCGAUAUUGGUAUCUACAGCUUGACGUGGGGUCUCUUAGGCCUUGAUUCAGGCAUAGGCGAGAAUGCAACUACACCAAAGAUCUGCGCUGCGCAAACUCUUGUCCAAGGUGUCGAUCUUAGUACUUCUAUAGUUUUGCUCUACCCUGAUGGAAAGCAGGGCAUUAUUACGUCAAACUCAAAAGUCAAGACCCCCAAUAUCUUUUGCCGUAUUGAAGGAACCAGAGGAUGCAUCGUGGUAGAGGGCCCUGCAGCUGCACCUGAGAACUUCACCGUGUACAUAGAUGGAGAUGUGGAGGGAAAGAAAUAUGAUGUUGAGAAGCCUGGGAGGGGAUUUUACUGGGAGGCUGACGCGGUGGCUCUUGAUAUUGCUGCUGGAAAGGUUGAGAGCGAUGUCAUGCCUUGGUCGGAGACUGUUCGUGUGAUGGAGAUUAUGGAUGAGAUAAGGAAGCAGGGAGGCUCCAAGUUUCCCCAGGACUAG